AUGUCAGACGAAGUCUACUACGAAACUACCUCCUAUUGUGCGUCUUGCGACGAAUAUUUCUACGAUCACGGAGAACGCCGUAAACAUUUCCAAGUUACGGAAAGUCAUCCUCGAUGUGACCUUUGCCAUAAACGAUUCCUGAAUAAGAACACUUUGCGUGUGCACUACCUCGAAACCGCUGGCCACCACUACUGCGUUACAUGCGAUAAGCUUUUCGAUUCUGCCGGCGGUCUCCAGGUUCACAUCGAUUACGCAGCUGUCCAUCGCGACGAUAGCGAUGACGAAGACGAGGAUGAGGAUGAUUAUAAAGAACGCGAAGACAAUUGGGAAGAUGAGUUGGCCCUGGAGGUCUAUCCUGAUGGCUACCGAGAUCCCACCAUCUACUACCCCGACGACACCUCAUUUGAAGAUUUCGAUGACUACGAUUUUGAAGACGAAGAGGAGCUCGGAGACCCUCCAUUUGACUUUGGAGAAGAAUUGGAAGAUGAGCAGUUGGAGGAAGGUGUCGAAGAGACAGACGAAUUUCAGUGCCCGAUGUGCCAGAAAUGUUCACCGAGCACGGUUUGUUCAACCAGUUGUGGGCAUUUGUUUUGUGCCCCGUGUAUAAAGGCCGCUCUGCAUUAUACGGGAAUGUGUCCUGUUUGCGAUGAGAGAGAUGAUGUAGCGGAGUUGAGGAGAGUAUUUUUGACGUCUGCUUAA